UGAAGAUGCUCUCGUCGGCGACCAUCAUGAACGGGACGUUCUCGAAGGGGCGCCAGUCGGUGUUCGCGAUCCUGGACAGAUUAAAGUCGCCGUGGGCGCAUAAUCAUCCGAGAGCAGAUGGAAGUGGUGGCGCACAGGAGGGUCAUGAGGAGCGGCUAGAGGAGGACGAUAACUCGAGCGUGAUGCUCUACGGGCCGCUCUCGCCCGACUCGGACUCGGUCGUCGAGCUCGCGCAGUCGGAGGUGAUCUCGCUCGGGGAGGACGAGGAGCCCGGGACGCCGACCGUGGUGGGGUAUAAUGAUAAUCCAGAGCAACCUGCUGCUGGUGAGCCCAGUCAGAACAGUGGCACCCGGAAGGGAUGGCCCAAUCUACAGUGGCCGUGGUAUGGGAUGAAGGGGAAGGCGAGGGCUGAGGCGAGUGAGAAGAGAGUGCAUGUGGGUGAGAAGAUAUGGGUGCCUUCGAGGACAAAGAUAUCGUUGCAGGUGAUGUGGUGGGGGUACCGUAUCUACCUGCCACCCCCAGUACUUGCGGUUCUCAGUAACCAGGAACUGACCGCUGCGAAGCGCGCAGCGAUGUUCACGACUGCGCUCAAAUGGUUGUGCGACCACAUACCCGUGUCGUUGUUACCGCUGCAGCUGCGACCAGCAGCUAUUCUAGUGCGCCGUCUGAUCCCGUAUGUUGGCUACAUCGGGGGAUUCGUUGCGUGGAGCUGGUCUGCGGUCAAAUCUUACGACAAAGGCAAUGGUGUGGUGUUGACUGCGACGUGGCUGCUUUCUGUUGCUGUUAUACCCUCCACCUGGGAGCCCAAUAAUCCGCCUACGUCCCCCGAGGCGCCUGGCUUGACGGUACCGCUGCCAUCCCAGCCGCAGACUCCGCAGGUGGGCACGAGCAAUCGAGCCUGA